AUGUCGAAGGAGCAAUUAGUCCACAAAGCCAUCUUGUCGUCGAUUUUUUCGUUGAUUGACAAACACCAAAAGACGUAUCUUGACAAAUACAAAUUAGUUUUUGACAAUUUUAAAAGUGACGAGGAUGUGAUGUCUUCUGUCAAUCAAGACGUCAUAAUCGAGUGCAUUAAUAUCGCUAUAUCGUACUUCUUUGAAAUUUCCCAAACAGAAAAGUUUAUGAACGCAGUUAUUUCGUUGAUCGAUAAGAAAUACGUCCAAUCAAAAACAGUACAAACAGUGUUGCAAUACCUUCACUCGUAUUUGAAUGUCGAAAAUGUGUACAACAACAUCAAAAUCGUCAUGUUUUCCGUCCAAGUGAUUCGAGCCACUUUCCCGUUUAAAAUAAGCAAUGACUGUAUCAUGGAGAAUGUCCAUCUUCUCAUUGACUUUUACACGAUAAUCCCAUCAAACUCGCAAUACUCCAAAUUGUUGUACAGAUGCAUCCAAGAGUACAUUGUUGUCAUAUUCACAGUACACCAACCACAAUAUGAUGGCAAUGCAUCGCCUUUAUUUGGCAAUGUACGCUUUUCUCAACGGAACAUCCCAAUCACCCAAUUAGAGUUGUUAUCUUCAACUCGAAAUUCUUUGAGUCCAAAUGCUUUGAAAGAACUCACAGCAGCUAUUAUGUCUGAUGAAACACUCAACUCAGUCCAAGAACCUAUUUUGGCAAAACCCGCCUCUCCAUCAAGUUCCCCCUUUAAAGAUGAACUCGGUGAGUUAAAAGAAGAGCAAAAGUCUGAACAGAACACGCCGAAAGAAGAGAUAGUUGGUGACAAAGAUGGGGGUAAAGAGCUUUCCAAGGGAAGCCCCGACAAACAGUCUUCAAACGACAACACACCACCACAACAACCUUCAGAAGCUAUAACAGAAGAAGAAAAAGAAGUCGACGUGAAACUUGAUGAGAUGAAAAGAAGAAGCAAAGAACAAACAGACGAGAAAGAGACUGUCGACGUCUAUCCGCCUUACCUUCUGUUACUCAAGUUGUUGACUAAAAAUGGGAAGUUUAGUCAUGGGAAAGUCCUCUUCUUAUCGACCACAUUAAAUAACAGCGAUUGGAGAAGUUUAAGAGGAAAAGGGGAUUACGCAAAGAAGAUGGAGAAAAUGGUCUUAAAUUUGGUAGGGUAUUGGUUAGAAAAAUGUCCCAAGAAUAUUAGCCCAAAUAACGUGAAAGGGUGGAAUGUGGACAUCUGCAAGUGUAUUUUCCAUAACGCCUUUUCAUCGGACAAAUUGCUGUUUUACACGUCGUUGAAAAUUUUUAGUGUGCUUGUCCACAAAUACCGAUUUGAACUGAAAAAGGAAAUUGGACUACUUUUUAAGUACGUCUAUCUCUUCUACCUCAAAUCCCCUCUUGCUAUGAUGUCAUACAAAGAUGCUAUCAUCGACGAGUUCUGCAAAUUUUCAACACAGCCAGAUAUCCUCUUCGACCUCUUUGCGAAUUACGACUGUGAAAAAAAUGGACUUCCAAUACUGGAAGAAUACCUCGACGUCAUGCACUUUGUGUUGUCUGUAAAUUACCAAAAGGAUAUUACCGAUGAUGUCGGACCAAAGGCUGUCCAUAUCACACGCAAAAAGUGUUACAAAAUUGUCCAAAAUGUGAUAGAAGUUAUUCUCCACAAAGUGCAAAGUGUCCAAAAGAAUGAGAAAUUUGCAGAAGAUGAAAACGAAGAGAACAAGACUCUCAUUGAAAGUGUUUUAAAACAGCGACAAGAUAAAGUGGACAACGCAAAGGCAAUUCAACUGUUUAAUGAGCGUCCGAAUGAUGGAAUAGCGUUUAUGGUGAGUCACAAAUUAUGUGAAGAAGAUCCCAAAAGUGUUGCCUUAUAUUUAAGUAAUAAUGAGGCACUCGAUAAAACUUCAUUGGGAAAGUACUUGACUGGUAACAAAGAAUUUCAAAAGAACGUAUUUAAAGAGUUUGUAGGUGCUAUCACGUUCACUGGACUAUCUGUGGAUGAAGCUUUACGAAAGAUGUUUCGCAUCUUUGUGAUGCCGGGAGAAGGCCAAAUAGUUGAUCGAGUGAUUGAGACGUUCAGUUUGCAAUACUACAAAUCAAACAAAGAGAAGAUGGACGAGCUGAAGAUGAACGAGACACAAAUAUACUUCUUGUCGACGACUAUCAUAUUUCUAUCAACUGAAACACACAACGCAAAUGUGAAAACAAAGACUAUGGACACGUAUGAAAAGUUUAAGGAAAUGGUGGAACAAUUCAAAUUCACGUUACCUGAUGAUUACUUACACCCGUUAUAUGACUGUGUCAUUCAAAAUGCAUUUCUCUUCCCAGAAGAGAAGAAACAAAAUGGAGAUGUCUACAUCAACUUGGUUAAAAACUCGCCAAAUAAGAGAGAAGACUUACUUUCAUUAACAAGUGGAUUCGAAUCUAUUAUUGGAAUGCACACGUCACCACCUAUAAGAACCUUUUCUUUCUUCUCUAAGAAUCUUUUAAUCGCGUUUAUAGAGGCGGCUAUCCCACCCAUUUUAGAGUCUUUGAAAAUCGCAUUUCUGUCAUUCGGAACUUUUGAAGACGUGUUGAAACACAUCAAAACACUGCUUGGUAUCACGACGUUACUUUCGAUAACCGAACAUACCAAACUGAUAGUGAAGACACUGUGCGAGUGGAGUUUUGCGUAUCGUCCUUCUAACACGAAGAAGGAGAAUGUUUUAGUAUCCAAACUCCUUUUAGAAAAGGUCGUUUUGUAUAAAGAACAAAUUAAAGGUGGCUGGGUUCAUAUCUUUGCUGCACUUUCUAAAUUACAAGAAGUCAAUUUGGUUGACAAACCACAACUUCCACCUCUUUUAUCAUUACCAAAAAACACUCGAAAGUUGUUCUUUAUGGAAGUCAAACAUGUGUUGUAUUCUCCAAUUGAAACGAAACAAAUUCCAAUUACAAUGAGUGACUUGAACUACGCAAGAAAGGAACUUAAAAUUCUUCUUGAUGUCGAAAAGACAGUCUUUGACCAAAUAGUGACCUUCUCACCACAUGCAUUUUGCUCGGUAUUUUACCAAAUCAAAACUGCAUCUCUCGAGGCACUGAACCAAACAUGCCCUUCACUGUAUUUGUUGAUUAAAGUUGGUUAUAUCUUAUUUAAGUACAAAACAAUUAAUAAGGUACUCCCAAAGGAAAUUGCAGAGAGCACAAGCGAACUGUUACUUCAAGCAGCUUUACACCCACAUGAAGACGUCGCCAAAGAAGCUGUCAAGAUAUAUUUUGUCUUGACUGAAAAUGGAGUGUUUGAUGGGCAGUGUGAACGGUUGAGACCGAUGGUGGUAGCCAUGUGUGACAGUCCAAUAAGUCAAUGUCGAUUAACAAUUCUAGAAAUGUUAAAAACGCAUUUGGAGAAGCACACCAAGUUCAUUGAAGAGUGCUGGAAAGGAGUAUUUGCGAUGUUGUAUAUAGGAGGUAUAGAUGAGAACAUGAACGUGUUAAAACAGGGUUACGAUGUAUUGAAAUAUGUGAGUGAUCAUUAUUCACAUUUUGAAGAAGAAUGUGUGUAUUACUACUUAAAGACUAUGGUGAAGUACUCUUUGGUUGCGAACCGAACAAUAACACAAGACAAAGAGAGUCACCCCUUUGUCAUUGGGAAUCUACAGAAAUUACUCGACGACCAGAAGUUUGAAGGAAUCAUUCAAAUGGAUUCAAAGUUCGCAGACAUCUUCUUCAAUGUGUUGAAAUCGUAUGUGACAGCGACGUCAAGUAUUUACAUAGACAUAGCGUCACUUUCACUUCAGUCGAUUAUUCAAGUCGUUUCGGAUUAUUCGGAGAGAAUGAGCCCUGAAGUGUGGUAUUUUGUGUUCAACGAAAUCUUCUUUAAAAUAUUGGAGUCAAUUGGAUAUGUACAUCACACUACACACCCCCUUACCGAAAUUCGAAGCACUGAAUGGAUCACUUCCGUCUGUUUAAAUUUGCUCUUACAAGUGACUGGACUCAUCUCAAGAAAUUCCGGAAUGUUGUCAUUAUUUACUUGUGAUUAUGUCUACGUCAUCACUUCAUUGGUUAUCAGAGGGACGGAACUUAUCAGCCAAAUUGGAUUACUUGCAUUGAAAGAUAUCAUCCCCUUCUUUAUAGACCACGUUGAACAAAUGCAAGUCUUUGAAUUAAUGAACAUAGAUGUGUUAAAUUACUUCUUUGAUGCUACCCUUUCAUUCACUAUACAACAAGAACAUCUCCUCAAAGAAAUUGAAAAGUCCGAGCAGACGAAUAUAUCCGUCGAUCAAAAACAAAACAGCUGUUGUUCGAAUUGUCACAAAGAGUUGAAGAUCUUCGAAACGAUUGAAUGCCCAUUGUGCAAUUUGCAAUUUUGCUCGUUAAAGUGUAAAAAGGCCAUGGAAGAAACACACAAACAUGUUGCUCUUCUUAAAGACAAAAUAUCAGAUAGAUUUGUGACACACGAUUUUGAAAUGAAACGGAUCGAUGUCCCUUUUGUCACUACAACAUUCCAAAAGUACAUUUCCACCAUCGAAGAUUUCAUCCCACAACUCGUUAGUAUAUCAACACAACAAAGUGAGACAAUUUUGUCUUCACUCAUCUUCAAUACAGAACGAUUUUUAAACGUCUUAGUACAAACAAAACCAACACACCCGUACUACGACCAGUUGGUGAAAGUCACAACUCGACUCGAACUCUUCUUGAUGAAAUUUACAGACGCCGUCUUCAAAAAAGACCAAGACACCUUCAUUAAGUUCUUGGACAAACUUGUUGCUAUGCCAUCGCUCAAUAUACUCAACUCAGUGUUUCGACUUCUUAAUAUAUGUGACGACGAACAUCUCAAAAAAGUCAAAGAGUGGUGCAUUAUACCUUUGUAUAAGCUUGUAAUGCAUGACGACCACGAGAUCAGAAAAAGCUUAAGUAGUCUUCUCAUCAAGCUUCAUGAGAUGAAAUGA